CAGCCAGAGCCCAAUAGAAGGCUAGUUUUGGGACCCGUGUGAGACGCUAAACUUCCUGGCUUCUGCAGCACCUGCCAACUUUGGGCUCCCUGUUGCUAGAGAGUUCCCAAGAGCUCUUCUAAGGUAGAUUUAUGACCCACCCGCCCCCACUAACCCAAAAAAAUGACAACAGAGCAGCCUCCCUUUAAAGAGGGGCAGCAGGAUGGAAGGCAGACACAGCCAGGAACAUGGUGCUGUCAACCCUCCUGCUUCUCAGUGUCCUCAUUGGCCUCUUGCUACUCUGGGGUCACCCAACAUCCCGGGGAUGCGUCCCUCCAGGACCUUGGCCUCUGCCCUUCCUGGGGAACAUUUUGCAAAUAGACCACCAGGGCUUUCUCAAGACCUUCCAGUCGCUGCAGAAGAAAUGCGGGGACGUCUUCACAGUCUACCUGGGACCCCGUCCUGUUGUCAUCCUGUAUGGGUACAAGGCAGUGAAGGAGGCUCUGGUGAAUCAAGCUGAAGCUUUCUCUGGCCGAGGACACAUCGCCAUCAUCGAUCCCUUCUUCAAGGGGAGAGGUUUGGUCUUUGUCAAUGGAAAGUCUUGGAAGGUCCUUCGGCAGUUCUCUCAGCUCACCAUGAGAGAGUUCGGGAUCGGGAAGCAGAGCAUUGAGAAGCAAAUCCAGGAGGAGGCUCAGCAUCUGGUAGAGGAGCUCCAGAAAUCCCGGGGGGCCUAUCUGGAUCCCACCUUCUUCUUUCACUCUGCUAUGGCUAACAUCAUUUGUACUAUCAUCUUUGGCCAGCGCUUCAAUAACCAGGACCCCAGAUUCCUACCUUUGCUACAUUUAAUGAAUGAUAUCUCUGAUCUUUCCAGCUCUUUCUACAGCCAGAUGUUUGAAGUCUUCUCCAGCAUCCUGAAAUACUUUCUGGGCAUCCACAGGGACGUGUACAGCAAAGUCCAAGAAAUUGAAGAUUUUGUCAUUAAGAACAUCCAGAGGCACCGGGAAAUGCUGGACCCCAGCGCCCCAAAGGACUUCAUCGAUUCCUUCCUGGUCCACAUGGACAAGGAGAGCUCUGAUCCUGAGAGCAAGUUUCACUUUAAGAACCUUGUCUACACGGUCGUCUCGCUGUUUCUCGCUGGCACAGAGAGCUCCAGCAACACUCUCUUGCAUGGAUUUGGACUCCUUCUUAAGAACCCUGAUGUUGUAGAGAAAGUCCAGGAGGAGAUUGACAGAGUGAUUGGCUCACAUCAUCUCCCAGCUCUUGACGAUCAGGCAAAAAUGCCUUACACAGACGCCGUCAUCCAUGAAAUUCAGAGAUUCAGUGACGUCCUCCCCCUUGGUGUUCCGCGUUGUGUCAUCAAAGACACUCACUUCCGGGGAUAUCAUCUCCCUAAGGGCACCACUGUGUAUCCCGUCUUGAGCUCCGUCCUCCAUGAUCCAUGCCACUUUGAGAAGCCAGAAACGUUCCACCCUGGCCACUUCCUGGAUGCGGAGGAACUUCAGACACAGGAGACCUUUAUCCCAUUCUCCCUAGGAAGACGCCUUUGCCUGGGUGAGAGCCUGGCCCGCUCGGAGCUCUUCCUGUUCUUGACUUCUGUGCUACAAAACUUCACCUUGAGAUCUCCCAACGCCCUGGAAGAUAUUGAUAUCACUCCCCGGAGGAAUGGGCUGGGAAAAAUGCCCCCUGAGUUCCAGCUCUACUUCCUGCCCCGCCAGGGAGUGGCACCAAGGUUGUAGAUCCCCUUGGAGCUCUUCCAUCUAGCCCCCACCUCUGCCCACAGGCAGUCUGUGGAGGCGUCCUGACUCCUCCCUGCUCACUCUUCCCUGGGGAAAAUCCCUUCUGUAGUCUCCUCUGUCAGCCUGCUGUCUUCACCCUUCAUCCCUAGAUGGCCUGCCCUGCUGAUGGAGGGCAAAACCUUGGCCUUCAGGGCCAGGAAAUACCUUCAGUAACUUGAUGUCAUCACCAUCCAUUGUGCAGUUGGGGAAACUGAGGCCCACACCUAUACCCAACCACCCCCAGCUCUCCUGUUCUUUCCCUGAGUUGAAAAAGCCACUAUGGCCCUCAGCCUCUGGGCUGUGUACUUUAAAAGACCUCCCCUAUUUCUCUGCUCUUAUCCACCAAAACCAACGAGAUCAAAAUAAAGUUCUGCUCUUUCUGGACCCAAC